AGUCUCAAGCAGUCAAGUCCAUUAUUGCCCCACCAGCCUUUGCUGUCCCAGAAAAUAUGAGUAAUUCUGGUGGGAGUUCAUCAACAUCAUCAUCAUCAUCGCCUGUGGGGCGCAGAGAGAAGGAAAAAGAAGGGAGACCAAGGCAAUUUGAUGCAAAGGCAAAGGCUUUGUGCUGGAGCACAGCAGAUAUAGUACCCGGCCGGCACCCUGAGCGGUGGCGCAAAGAUGCUGCUGGCAACAUUGUCUGCAAACGAUUCUGCAACUGCUCUGGGUGCCUCUGCUUUGAGUACGACCACAUCAUCCCCUUCUCCAAAGGUGGCGAAUCAGUGGCGGAUAAUUGCCAGAUACUUCAGACUAGGGUAAACAGGUUUAAAGCAGAUAAGGAUGAAGUUGAUAAAACUAGGUUGCAAGGUUACUCUUGUGAUAUUAACUUUACUGAUAAGGAGCUUGAUAUCAUUGAGAUGGCUGUUUAUGGUGAUGUCAUCCGGCCUGGAAACCAAUGCCGCUGCAGAACUGUUGCUGAGAUGCUUGGUAAAUACAAGUCAAAAGACAGUACAGCUGCCUGCAAGUUGCCACAAUCAUAACCUCCGAGCCUUCACACCAUUAUUAGGAUUUCAUGGAUGCAAGAUUCUAUACAAGACGAUGGUUAUCUAAACCUUAGACAUCAAGAUUCUGAGUGCUAAUUCUUACAAGGUGGAUUUAUCUUAAAUUCAUUGUAGUCAUAGUGAUUAUUGAACUUUAUUUAAAUUGGCUUUCUGCUGCUAUCACAGCUUAAAGCUCACUUCUUUGGGAAACUCUGUAAGCAAAAAUUAUCCGGGUGGCAAUCAAUGUUGUAUAUUACGCACUUUUUGCAUCUUAUUAUAAGGACUUGUACGAAACUGUGUACGUGUUUUGAUGAAUCAAGAAAAAGCAUAAUUAUUUUCAUCGUCA